AUGGCCACAUCUGGCAGGAUCAGUUUUACAGUGAGGAGCAUUUUGGAUUUACCAGAGCAGGAUGCGCAUAGCAUGAAGCAAGCUUCUGACCACCACCACCAUCACUCGGCUGAGAACUACAGCGGCUCUCCGUAUCGUGGCUGGAUAGAGACGGACAGAAAUCACUAUCCCUGUGAGUAUACCACGGACAGGAGCUCGCCAUCUCCUUGCAGCUACCGUGUGUUUGUUCCCCGUUCUUCUGGGGAAGAUGCGAAGAAGCGAACCGCCAGCGCGUGUAGCCUGCAGCGCCGGGGGGAUCCAGGCUGGGAAUUUUAUAGGAUAUUAUUGAACUACAACAACGAAGCAGCAGGAGGAUCCCAGCCACGAGCUUAUGAGAGAAAAGAUUAUUUUUUCCCCCUCGGUCUGAGCAGGGCUAUGGCGGAAAGCUUAGCCUCGGGCUGCGUCCUCCCGUCUCUCCGCAGUUACCAUUUAAUUUCGCUUCUCGGAUUCCUUCCUCCCGUUUCAGUGCUGCAGGGAUCCGCCUGUUUGUACUGGAGGGGUUCGGGUCCCCCCGCGGCGCGGAAGGCAGCACGCACGCAGUGCCUUUCCUUCCAGGCUGCCAUGCAGCGCUGCGGCCGCAGCCGUGGAUGCCCACGCGCUUCCCACCGCGGCGAGCAGCCUUCGCUCAGCCCGGCGCUGCGGCACGUCUGCCUUAUCCCAGAGCGCGCGGCAGAUAUACCGCUUUUAAAUAGAGCUUCCGACGAGAGCGGCCCGGAGCUGAGCCUGCCCGACUCCACGCAGAGGUCGCUCCCAGCCCGCGGCUCGGAGGCCGAGAAGAAGAAGAAGAGGCGGGUGCUGUUCUCCAAGGCUCAAACGCUGGAGCUAGAGCGCCGGUUCCGGCAGCAGCGGUACCUCUCGGCGCCGGAGCGGGAGCAGCUGGCCCGCCUGCUCAGCCUCACCCCCACGCAGGUGAAGAUCUGGUUCCAAAACCACCGCUACAAGAUGAAACGGGCGCGGAGCGAGGGCCCCGGCAGCCCUCCUCCUCCGCGCCCGCCCGCUCUGCUGCGCCGGGUGGUGAUGCCGGUGCCGGUGCUACUGAGGGACGGGGAGCCGUGCCGGGGCUUCCCCACCAGCCCCUCGCCAGCCGCCGCCCGCCCCAAGCUGGGCUGCGCGCUGGCGGGCUGCAGCGCCCAGGCCGCCCUCGCCGUGCAGGGCUACCCGGCCUGCCCGCCCACCCUCGGCGUCUGCCCCGCGUACCAGCACUUAGCGCAUCCCGCCGUCGUCUCCUGGAGCUGGUGACGGCGGCGCCUCGCCCUCCGGGCAGGACUCAUCUCAAGGGCUCGGGCCCGGCCCCGGGCUCGCAGAAGGCUCCCGGACGGGGCGGGCAGGGCACGGAGCCGCGGGCACGGAGCGCAGCUGCAGGGGCAAUCCGUCCCCAGGGCACGGAACCGGGUACAGCUCUGCUUCGGUGAUAGCUCCUCUCCUCCUGGCUCUGUCGGAGAGGUUUCCUAUUAAAAUAAUAAUAAUAAUAAUAAAAAUCUAGCGACCUAGUUUACUUGAAAAUAGCUUCUUCUUCCAGUGACUAAUAAAAUGAUUUUGGGAAAAUA